AGCCUGGUGAUCUCGCGGGAAAGAACCGUUGCGGGCCCGACUUUGCGCGGAAGUAGGAGGGGGGAGUGGAGGCGGGAGUGAAGUCUCGCGAGAAGAGUUGGUUGCCGUAGCAGAGCCCUCUAGCUGUGUGUGUCUGAGGCUCGGCCGCCGGAGCCGAGGACGGUUUGCUGAGCCCGUUAGUGCGCCCGGCCGAGACAAGCCGCCGCCAUGUCCCGCUAUCUGCGUCCCCCCAACACGUCUCUGUUCGUCAGGAACGUGGCCGACGACACCAGGUCUGAAGACUUGCGGCGUGAAUUUGGUCGUUAUGGUCCUAUAGUUGAUGUGUAUGUUCCACUUGAUUUCUACACUCGCCGUCCAAGAGGAUUUGCUUAUGUUCAAUAUCCUUUCUUCAGAUGGCUGAUUAGUGAGGGGUGUUGAAGUUUGAAAUUCAAGUUUAUAGAAUGUAAAGCUGUACAGUUAUGGCGACCCCAAAGAGAAAGCAUGAAAGAACCUUUAGAGUAGAGUUCAACACUUAAGGCAAGUAGACAAGCCAAAGACCUCUUAAGGAUCAGGCUUGAAGAGAAGGGAGAGUUUGGGAAAAGAAAAAAUAAAGAAAAGCUGGAAGAAGGACAAGCCUAAUGGGAGACAAAGCCUCGCUUUAUCUACAAAAGGGGGAAAAGGUUGUUUUUCAAAGUUAAAGAUAAAGCCAUCUGUCAUAUUUGGCCAAGCAUCUCAUGACAAGUCCUUCUGACAAGCACUUAAAGAGUUAAAGGUCAAGAUGAAGUUGAAUGAUGGCCAAGAUUAAAGGAGUCAUACCUGAUACUGCUGGCUCUGCGCUGCUUUAGCACACAUGAUCAGUUGGCCCUGAAUGAGUUGCAGAAGGCCUUCUCCCUGGUAUAGGUACCCAACUGGGACCUACGGGAGACUGGUCCCUGACCCAGAGUCAGGUGACCUUCCUCCUUUCAUUGAGAUCAUCUCCCUGCAACAAGGGUUUGGGUUGUGGGCCUCAGACUAGGAAAAAUUCUUCCUGCUUAAAUUCAGUGGGCCUCAAACUUUUAAGUUAGUGGAGUCCUAGUGAGACUUACAGGGAAAAAGCCAAAAGCUACUCCUGCCGGGCCAGUGAUCAAGGACAGUUGUGAGCAUUGGUUGCAAAGCUCCAUUACAGAGAAGAUAAUAGCUGUAUCUGGCUUAGUAAAUAAAGGUAGCGGUGCAUUCUGUCUUACAACAUAGACCUGAUUUUACCUAGUGUUGGGUGGCCCAGGAAUCAAGGUCAGUAGUAGUUUGAUUCAAGAGUGUGUGGUAUUUGAGGCAGAAAAGGCUAGCAAUUCAAAGCAAUCUAAAGGAGAAUGAUAAUUUUAAAAUACAUAUUCAGUAAGUCUAUGGUCUUAAAAUAGUUGAAAAGAAAUAAGUAACAGGCUUAUCAAUUUCAUUUUUGAAAAGACCAUAAAGUACAAAUUUCUCCAUGGUUGACAUCAGAGUGAUACUUGACUGCCUCUGCUGCUGCUGUCUCUUCUGGCUGACUCCAUUUGCAAUAGCCUUUUCUUCCUAUCCCUGGCUUACCGAGUAAAGUAGAAACUUGCCAUCAGCCCAGGAUUCUGUUUUUGAAAAGUAGCCCCAGAGAGGAUGCUCUGCUCUCAUUAAUAAUUUUUACAGCUCUCAAUAUAAAUCCUUUUUAUACUUAUUAUAUUCUGUCUCUUGGGGUAUCAUAGUAGUAUACCCAUUAAGUGAACUUAUUCCUUCCAAAUAGUUUAGAGCCCAGCUGCAUUAAUCUUGAGGGAUGUUCAGUUACAGUAUUCAAGGUUCUGAACUCCCCAUCAACCUUUGCCUUUUCAUGUUGAAAGCCCAGUUAUUUAAAACUUGUCCUUCCAUUUAAUCCGUUCAUAACAGCCUCGGGAAGAGAGAGCUGGAAACCUGCAGUCCUUAAUUCCUUUCAGAACAAAAAGUGGGAAGUCUAGUAAGGCAGACCUUUUAGUCUCUAUAGUAAAAGAAUACCAGUAUCGGUCUCGAAAAAGGAGUGUAUCACUUCAGGGAUUUUUUAAAUCACCUCUCUAAAUCUGCAGUUUUGUGUUUUCUCUCAAAUUCAGGAAAUAGAAAUGUACAAACUAGAAUAAUGAUUUUUAGGAUAGAAUGAAAACCUGUACCUAACCUAGCUCUUUCCAAACCAUUUAUAUCAAACACUGCCUUGAAUGUAUACUUGGUCUCUGUUAUAAUGAUGGUUUUAGGAAAGGAGCUAGGUUUGGACAGAAUAGCUAUGUAAAACCAGGAGUUCUUGUAGUAGUAUUGCUGUCAUGACCAGGGAGGACAAGCAGCUUAACUUCUCAGAUCAAAAACAAGUACCAGUAGUUCCUGCUUAAGGCUGGUAAAUAAUAUCUCGAAAUUUUCAAGUUGGAAACCAGUCUCAAACCCAUUUCUUUGCAAGAAGUUGUAUAUUUAGGGUCAUGGUUAGGGCUUUCUAGUCUAGGAGUCCUUACAGUGAUCUGUUUCUUGAUAGCAUGCUUUUACAGUCUGCAUGGAUGUAAUAAUGCUUUUGAUAUAGUGAUUGUCUUGAGUACUGCUUGACUCUGUCUUGAUGCCCACAAAUGGCUAGCGUGCUUAUCUUCCCAUGCAGUGGAAGGAAGACAGUUAAAUGAAAUAGUAGUAUUAGAUAGAUAUGAAAAAGAAAACAGCAAAAUAAAUUUGAAGUUAAUGCUUUCAUCUCUUGUAAGGUAAGGCAUAUACUGCUUGCUUACACAAGAACUAUUGGCAUUUUCUUUUUUUCAUUUGAAACAAAUAUGAAAAACAUUAGUUUGGUUUUAUUUUAAGAAAUUUUUAUUUUAGCAUACAACGUAGAACUGACAUUUGUUUUUCUUUUUUGUCUUGUAAACUUAAUUCUUAAAACUUAGGAAAAUUUUUGGAUAGGACAACUUGGUGAUUCAGCUAUAACAUCUUAUUUCAAUAAUAACUUUACUGCAAUAUGUAUUCAUACGUUUUCAAAUGUGUGCCUUAGGAAAACACAAGUGCUUUUAUAGUGUGAAGUGUUAAUGGCUGAAUCCAACUGAAUCACCAACUAGUAAGUGGGAGUCUGGUUGAUUUUUCUGGAAUAAUAUUGGGAGAUUGUGAAUUGUUCCAGACAUACCAACUGAACUCUCAUUCAUUAUCAAAGUUUGCAAAACUUCCCAAGCCCCUUAACAUUUAGCACAUUUGAGGAUGUUCGUGAUGCUGAAGACGCUUUACAUAAUUUGGACAGAAAGUGGAUUUGUGGACGGCAGAUUGAAAUACAGUUUGCCCAGGGGGAUCGAAAGACACCAAAUCAGAUGAAAGCCAAGGAAGGGAGGAAUGUGUACAGUUCUUCACGCUAUGAUGAUUAUGACAGAUACAGACGUUCUAGAAGCCGAAGUUAUGAAAGGAGGAGAUCAAGAAGUCGGUCUUUUGAUUACAACUAUAGAAGAUCAUAUAGUCCUAGAAACAGUAGACCGACUGGAAGACCACGGCGUAGCAGAAGCCAUUCCGACAAUGAUAGAUUCAAACACCGAAAUCGAUCUUUUUCAAGAUCUAAAUCCAAUUCAAGAUCACGGUCCAAGUCCCAGCCCAAGAAAGAAAUGAAGGCUAAAUCACGUUCUAGGUCUGCAUCUCACACCAAAACUAGAGGCACCUCUAAAACAGAUUCCAAAACACAUUAUAAGUCUGGCUCAAGAUAUGAAAAGGAAUCAAGGAAAAAAGAACCACCUAGAUCCAAAUCUCAGUCAAGAUCACAGUCUAGGUCUAGGUCAAAAUCUAGAUCAAGGUCUUGGACUAGUCCUAAGUCCAGUGGCCACUGAUAGUAUAAACCAUGGUCAUUUUUAGGCAUGUAUCAUUCAUUUACUCAUAGUUUGGUUUACUUAAAUUAUCAGGAAUACAAUGUUGCAAUGAUGCUUAAAAAACACUUGUUAGUUUUCCCUGUACCGGGCAAUGGUUAUAAUUAAAAUGAUAUGCUGUUGAGAAGCCACUCUUAAGAGUCCAGUUUGUUUAAUGUUAUGGGCAGCUACCAAUUUGUGGUGUCUCUGUAUAUUUUUGUAAAGAUUCUCAUUUUUUAUGCUUGAAGUAUUUGGUGAAAAGAUGUUGGUUGACCAUAAUUUGCAACAUUGUCUCAUUAAAAAUAAACUUUCAUAUUCAUAUUUGGUAGAACUGUUAACCUAGAAAUGUAGCUUGCUAAUAAGAUAGAAUGAUACAAAAGUGAAGUAGUAGCCACAGUACAACACUGACUGCUCACACAUUUAGGUUCAGGUUGGACCUUUGUGUCUUGUCAAGAUGUCUAGGCCUGGCCGGGCGCGGUAGCUCACACCUGUAAUCCCAGCACUUUGGGAGGCCGAGGCGGGUGGAUCACGAGGGCAGGAGUUUGAGACCAGCCUGAUCAAUAUGGUGAAACCCCGUCUCUACUAAAAAUACAAAAAUUAGCCAGGCAUGGUGGCGCAUGCCUGUAAUCCCAGCUACUCGGGAGGCAGAGGCAAGAGAAUCGCUUGAACCCAGGAGGUGGAAGUUGCAGUGAGCCAAAAUCACGCCACUGCACUCCAGCCUGGGCAGCAGAGAGAGAUUCCGUCUCAAAAACAAAACAAAACAAAACAGUAAAGCAAAACCAGAUGUCUAGGCCAAUGACAAUUAUUUUUGAUGCAGUGUGGAUUAGUUAUUUUGUUAACCCCACUGUCUUGGGGAAUGAUGCCAGCUGGGAAAUUGAGUUUUUGACUGAAACAUGGAACCUUCACUGCUUUUUUUCUGGUUCCUAUGAAGAUUUGGAACAUAGAAAACAUAAAAACUCACCUUAAAAUUUGAGCAGGUUGAUGAUGGCAAAAAUAAUUUUAAGGAGAAAGGAAUAUUCUUAUGUAGUUAUUCUAAAGUUUAAGGAGCGUUGUUGACCAUAAUAUUGCUUAGUUUUUUUACUCCUGUUAGAAACAAGUAAAUUGUUUCAAAGUAGGUUUUGUGUGUGUGUGCAUAGUGUAAAAACUGAAAUUUUGAUGCUUACAGCACUUGGCUCGUGCAUUUGUAUCAAAAUUUGCCUACCUCUUUGUGAGGGAGGCCUGCUUUUCACACCUCAGUUUAAUUCGAGGCAAGUUGAAAGACAACACUCACUCUAGGUGAUUCUGUGGUGCCAUGAAAUUUAAGAUAAUUUGGGAAAAAGGAUUAGUCAGUUUUAAGCAAGAGUCACAUCUUCUGAGCUUUCGAUUAUCAGUGUAGUACCUGACUAAAAAUGAAGUAAUACCCUUAACCAUUUAUAAUUUCUAGUAUUUCUCUGAAAGAUCGUUUUGGGGACAAAAGUGACUUGACAUGUCCAAUUUCAUUGCCGAAUAAAAAGCUAGCAUCUUUAAAAAUCUCAGAUUGCUUGCUUACAGAUAUAAGUGAGAAUUAUGGAGAAGCGAUUCCUUUAGAGGAUUACUUUUUUCAAUUUUGGUUUUAGUAAUCUAGGGUUUGCCUGUAAAGAAUACAACGAUGGAUUUUAAAUACUGUUUGUGGAAUGUGUUUAAAGGAUUGAUUCUAGAACCUUUGUAUAUUUGAUAGUAUUUCUAACUUUCAUUUCUUUACUGUUUGCAGUUAAUGUUCAUGUUCUGCUAUGCAAUCAUUUAUAUGCACGUUUCUUUAAUUUUUUUAGAUUUUCCUGGAUGUAUAGUUUAAACAACAAAAAGUCUAUUUAAAACUGUAGCAGUAGUUUGCAGUUCUAGCAAAGAGGAAAGUUGUGGGGUUAAACUUUGUAUUUUCUUUCUUAUAGAGGCUUCUAAAAAGGUAUUUUUAUAUGUUCUUUUUAACAAAUAUUGUGUACAACCUUUAAAACAUCGAUGUUUGGAUCAAAACAAGACCCAGCUUAUUUUCUGCUUGCUGUAAAUUAAGCAAACAUGCUAUAAUAAAAACAAAAUGAAGGAAAUA